AUGACAUACAACGACAAUUUCUCUCCGCUACUAAUCUUCUUUUUGUUAUUUUAUGGCACCGUUUUCAUUGUCUCACUUGUGGGUAACAUAUGGGUUUUGGUGACAUGUUAUCGGAACUUAAAAAGAAAUCAGUUUCCUUUGAUGUGGUACGUGGCCAACUUAGCAUCUUCGGAUCUUCUAUUUACUUGUCUAACUCCUUUCAACGCCAUUAGUGUUAUGUGGCGAUGGGUCGGCGGCAACGCAACAUGCAAACUUCAAGGAUUUCUCAUCGAAACGAGUUAUAGUGCUUCAAUCACAACCCUUGUAGUUAUAAGUUACCUUAGACUCAAAGCUGUAACAGACCCCUUCAAUUCUAGGAGUGGAAGAUUCUCGAAUAGAGAAUAUAUGAAACUAGGUACCAUCUGGUGUAUUUGCGUGGUCAUCUGCUUACCAAUAGCACAUAUUUACAGAGUCGAACCCAACGAGGAUGGCGAACUUGUGUGUGCCAACACAACAUGGGGGAGCACUGGAAGGCAAAUAUACUACACUGUGCAUGCAAUAGUUUUCUUCGUUAUUCCAUUGACAUAUAUGAUUAUUACGCAACGAAAAAUUUCUCGUUCUCUUCGAGCGAACAUUGUUCCAAUGCGCAACUCGCAUAUCAUGAAAUCAAACCAAAGACAAAAGAGAGUUGCUAAGACACUUGCAGCUCUAUCUCUUGUUUUUGUUAUGUGUUGGUCUUCAUUUAUGAUUCUCAGAACGCUGAUGUACUUUAACCUAGCUUCCCACGGUCUGGGUUGGAGAGCGGCUCAACUUAUGGUAUUUCUCAAUACGGCGCUCGAUCCUUUAUUAUACGGCUAUUAUAGGGGAAAUUUAAAGUCUAAAGUGCGCAGCAUUCUGCGAUGCAAUUACCAGAACAGGUUGAACCGCGCCGAUUCCAUCACUUUGACAGCGUCUCACCCAGGCCACUCGCUAGGUAUUCGAGAGGCACAUGCCACAGCCUCGAAAGACUGA